AUGGCCGGAGUCCGGGCGGGAGCGCCGCUUCCCCUCGCCCUCCGCCUCUCCCUUCCCGCGGCCCCUGGAGGCCGAGACCCAUCCGCGUCCCGCGCGCGCUUUCCUCAGAGGCUCGGCCGGGCGCCCUGCUUCGAAGUGGGCCUGAGGGAGCCUCCGCCUCCGCCGCUGCUUUCUUCCCCUUCGUUCUCCAGCGGCUCCUCCAGGCCGCUCCAGAGACCCCGAGGACCCAAGGACGGUGCCGGGCGGAAAGUCUGUGCGAAGCUGGUGAAAAGGUUGCCCGGAGAGAGCGGAAGCUGUGAGGAUGGGCAAAGCGCCCCUGCCCAGCCGCCCCGCCGCAGAACCGACAUGAGCUAUGAAACCAAGUACCAAGAUAUCUAGACAAGCCCAACUCCAACGUAUCACAAGACGCUUGGGACUUGCAAAAAAGGAAGCUUGGAGAAUCAACAUGAUUGGGUGAGGCAGCUAUCUUCAGCUUUAAUUUGGGACAAUUACGCAGGGUCAUCCCAGCUCCAGAACUAACUCUCCGUGGAAUCAGCAGAGGCCUUCACUGAGACUGCUGCAGUUCAAAUUCUCCCUCUGGCCAACCCCACAGGUGUUAAUUCCAAGAGCACUCCCCAGUAAACCUCUGCAUGCAA